GAAUUGAUUAGGAAUUCAUUAUAAAAAAUAGCUUAUUUUAUUUCUGAAUAAAACUGAUAUUUGAUAUUCCGGCGUAUAAAACUCAUUAACGAUGCCUGCUGUACCCGGGGGUAUGUACGGACACCAAGGGCCUUCUUGUUUCGACAAAAUGAAAAUGGGUUUCAUGAUCGGAUUUUGCGUUGGUAUGGCUAGCGGCGGACUCUUUGGUGGAUUUACGGCGUUAAGGUAUGGUGCAAGAGGGCGAGAAUUAGUGCACUCAGUGGGAAAAGUAAUGCUGCAAGGAGGUGGAACAUUUGGUACAUUUAUGGCAAUUGGAACUGGAAUUCGUUGUUGAUCCGGAGAACACCU